AUGCCUGAAAAAGAACUUGACUAUAUUCGUUCAAGAGAAGCCGUUGACGGUUCCUCCACCGAAAAGGAUGGUGGAGUUUACAUUGAUGCCUUUGACAAGGCUGACCAAAAGGAACCAUUAACUGGAUGGGCCAAAUUUAAGGAUUCUUUCAAGAGAUACGAUGAAGAAGAACUUGGUAUUGAUCCAAACUUGUCUGAUGUUGAAAAGGCUGCAAUUGUCACUGCCAACUCUCCAUUGUCUCGUUCUUUAAAGAACAGACAUUUACAAAUGAUUGCUAUUGGUGGAUCCAUUGGUUCUGGUUUGUUUGUUGGUUCCGGUAAAACAUUGAAAAAUGGUGGUCCAGCCGGUGUGGUCAUUGCUUACUUUUUGAUUGGUACUAUGAUCUUCUGUACAGUUCAAUCAUUGGGUGAAUUGGCUAUUACUUUCCCUGUCUCUGGUGCUUUCGUUACUUAUAAUACUCGUUUUAUUGAUCCAUCCUGGGGUUUCGCCAUGGCUUGGAACUACGCUAUGCAAUGGCUUGUUGUCUUACCAUUAGAAUUGGUUGCAGCUGCUUUGACUAUUCACUUUUGGGAUACUUCCAUUAACUCGGCGGCGUUUGUGGCCAUUUUCUACGUUUUAAUUAUUGCCAUCAACUUCUUCGGUGUUAGAGGUUAUGGUGAAGCAGAAUUUGUGUUUUCAGCAAUCAAGGUUCUUGCCGUUGUUGGUUUCAUUAUCUUAGGUAUUGUGUUGACUUGUGGUGGUGGUCCAAACCACGAAUACCUUGGUGGUAAAUACUGGCACGACCCAGGUGCAUUUGCUAACGGGUUCAAGGGUGUCUGUUCAGUCUUCGUUACUGCAGCCUUUGCGUUCGCUGGUACUGAAUUAGUUGGUUUAGCUGCUGCUGAAUCUGCCAACCCAAGAAAGUCUUUACCAAAGGCCAUCAAGCAAGUUUUCUGGAGAAUUACUUUAUUCUACAUGAUCUCCUUGAUUUUAGUUGGUUGUUUAGUUCCUUACACUGACAAAAGAUUGUCCGGUGGUGGUGCCGGUGCUGCUGAUUCUCCAUUUGUCUUGGCCAUUAAGAAUGCCGGUAUUUCUGGAUUACCAUCUGUUAUGAAUGUUGUCGUUAUGAUUUCUGUUCUUUCUGUUGGUAACUCUUCCGUCUUCGGUUCUUCCAGAACUUUGGCUGCUCUUGCUGCUGCUGGUCAAGCUCCAAAGAUCUUAGGUUACAUCGAUAAGCAAGGUCGUCCCUUAGUCGGAAUCAUUAUUCAAUGUAUCUUCGGUUUAUUAUGUUUCGUUACCGCUUCCGAUAAGGGUGAUGAAGUUUUCAACUGGUUAUUGGCUCUUUCUGGUUUAUCCUCAUUAUUUACCUGGGGAUCUAUCUGUUUAUGUCUCAUCCGUUUCAGAGCUGCAUUAAAAGCUCAAGGAAGAGACACCAACGAAUUGACAUUCGUUUCCCAAGCUGGUUUAUUCGGUGCUUGGUAUGGUAUGAGUUUAAAUAUUUUAGUCUUGAUUGCUCAAUUCUGGAUUGCUUUAUUCCCAAUUAAAGCUAGCCCAGAUGCCAGUGCUUUCUUCCAAUCAUACUUGGGGGCCCCAGUUAUUAUUGCAUUUUAUAUUGCACACAAAAUCUGGAAGAAGAACUGGAAGUUGUACAUCCCAGCUAGUCAAAUUGAUAUUGACACUGGUAGAAGAGAAUUAGACUUGGACUUAUUGAAGCAAGAAAUUGCCGAAGAGAAGGCUAUAAUCGCUGCCAAGCCAUUCUAUAUGAGAAUUUACCACUUCUGGUGUUAA